AUUUAGUUGACUGUGUGUGUGUAGCGUUACUCGUUCAAUAAACAGGAGCUGAUUCAUAAAACGAGUUCCAGUGGCACUGGCAAGCACAUUGUUUUUUUAUUAAGCUAAAACAAGAAAAAUGGACUUGGAUUCCAUGAAGUAUGCCGAAUUGCGCAGUCUUGCCAAGGAGGUUGGGCUCAAAUCCUCAAAACUGAAGGCUGAUAAGCUUCUGAAGGCGCUCAAGGAGCAUUUCCAGCAACAACAAACGCAGGAAGAUGUUGCAGUGGACCAGGGAGUUGAGACUGGCGUUGAUGCACAGGAUAACACGGUUAACAGUAACUCAACCCAGGAUGACAGCAAUUCGGCACAUGUUGAUGAGCUUUCACCAAAACCUCCAGCUCAGGAGUUUGUGACCAAACGUCGUUGUAGAGGGCAACGGAAGACGAGGAAGGAGCCUGAAGAUGAGGAGGCAGAGUGUGAGCCAGCCGAGGUUGUUAACAAGGUGACUGAAUCCAUCAUCGGCAAAGGCAGUGCCAAGAGAAGGAGGGUGUCUGCCGUUAAGGAUUCUGGGGUGGCUGUGCCACCAUCAGUGGAAGGGUCACAGGACGCCAACGUUGAGACACAGCCUGACUCUGAACACAAAGUUGCAGCAGUGAUGUUUGGAGAGGGACAGAAGGUGGUGAAACCAGUAGGAAAGAUCCCUCGCCAUGAGGGGCUCCUGAAGAGGACUAAACCAAUGCUGAAGCCUACUACACCAAACUUCAGAAAACUCCACGAGGAGCAUUUCAAAAGGAUGGAGUCAAUUGAUUCAUACGUGGAAAGGAAGACCAAGCAAAUGGGUUCGUUCAGAAAUUCAGUGAAUGAAUUGAAGGUUCUUUCAGAUAAGACUCUUUUGAAACCAACGGAAGGAAAAACUCAAGCAAGCUCAACCUCGAGCCGUGCCCCCCUGUUCAGCCCGGCAUCCCAGAAACCAGCUACAGACAGACGCAGACUUACCCAGGUCUCUGCCAGCAAGCCUGCUACCGACAAACGCAGACUCUCGGCCAGAAAACACCCCCAGAAGGACACUGUUGUCCCAUUCAGACCCACAGUCCUGUCUGCUCGCCGGAUCAACGUUCGGUUCUCUCAGGCUACCCAGGAUAAUGAGCACAAGAGGUCCAUGGUGAAGACGCCAGCACGCAUGUCAACCCGCGUGGACCUCCUCACUCCUGGGAAAGAGACUAAAGUUGGAGGGAAACUUGAAGUCAACAAGACCUUUGUCCUCUCCAGCACAAAGACCCCAGCGUUUGUGUUUAAUGCAAACACCAGUGUUCUUUUUAACUCUCCUGAAACCAACAAGAAGGCCAACUUUGAUCUGAAGGCCAGUCUCUCUAAACCUCUCUCCUAUAAGCCUCAUAAGGGAAAGCUGAAGCCAUUCGGAGUGACCAAAGAGAACACAGUGGACCAGUCCAUGACCAGCCAGUCUAUGACCGUUCCCUCCCACCAGAAGAACUACAAACAGCAUCAGGUUCAGACAAGGGAGGAAAGGAGGACAAAACAGACUGAAGUCAGGAAGCGUAAGAAAGAGAAGCUGCUUGGAGCCAGACGAGGCCUCGUCUUGACCUGAUUAUUCUACACUUUUACUCUUGUGAAGUUUAAACCGUGUUAUUUCAGACCUGCUGAUUUGAUGCCUGUCCCCUUUUUGACGAAGAAUAGUCCCACUUUCUCUACCUUUUUCCUCUGUUCUACUUUGACUUUCAGCUCCAACCUGUUUUAUGAUUGUUCGAUUUUAGAAACACCUAACAACUUUUUUAAUAAACGUUUUUUAUUAACUUAGUAUGGUACAAAUCAUGUUGAAUCUUUUGUAUACCAGUGUCAUUGGUAGACAUUUACAUUACAUUUUAGUCAUUUAGCAGACGCCCUUAUCCGGAGCGACUUAAAGUAGCGAGUGCGUACAUUUUUGUACGUUUUUUUUUUAUCUUCACCGUACUGGCCCCCCGUGGGAAUCGAACCCACAACCCUGAUGUUGUAAGCACCAUGCUAUACAACUGAGCCACACAGGACCAUAGUCUAAAAUGUUGUACAGUUUGGUCAUAUCUAAUUCAUGUGAAUUGUAUGUUGUUGUUUUUUUUAAUACCAUUUCGAACAUAGCUCGUGUAAAGCCAAUGUAAAUACCGGUAGUAAAAAAAAAAAAAUCAUUUCCUAAAGUA